GAUGGUAUGAGACAUUUAGAUUGGCCAUCAAGUUAGGUAUUUCUUUCUUAUUUAACAUGAUAGAGCUUUUGGAGUAUUGCAUGAAGGAACUCCGGGGAGAAACUAAGCAAAUACAAAGGAAAAUACAGAGAAUAGGCAGAAAGAGAGCCGGAGCUAAAUAUGAGCAACAAGGCAAACCCAGUGCUGGAAGCACAUCCAAUGAACGGUGGAGAUGGCACAUACAGCUACACCAAAAACUCCUAUUACCAAAGAGAAGCUGCAAAUGUUGCGCAAACUCUAAUCGGUGAUGUGAUAGGCAUGAAGCUUGACAUAAACAAGAUUACUUCUUCGACCAAUGCAUUUUGUAUAGCAGAUUUGGGGUGUUCAGUUGGACCAAACAGUUUUGUUUCUGUGGAGAACAUACUGGAAGCUAUUAAACAUAAGUACCAGUCCGGAUGCAUGUCUUCCCAAAUGCCUGAAUUCCAAGUUUUCUUUAAUGAUCAUGCAGGCAAUGAUUUCAAUACCCUAUUUGCAAAUUUCCCUCCGACAAGGCCCUACUUUGCAGCUGGUGUGCCGGGUUCUUUCCAUGGCCGAUUAUUCCCCAAGUCCUCUCUCCAUUUCGUGCAUUCUUCAUAUGCAACCCACUGGCUCUCAAAGGUACCAGAAGAACUGACAGACAAGAACUCUCCGGCAUGGAACAAAGGGAAGAUUCACUACACAACUGCCCCCGAAGAAGUAGUUAAUGCUUAUGCAGCUCAAUUUGCCAAGGACAUGGCAACAUUCUUGGAAGCUCGCGCUCAAGAGCUUGUGGUUGGUGGAAUGAUGAUGCUAAUCAUGCAAGCUGUCCCAACUGGGAUCCCUCAUUCCCGUGUUCCAAAUGGAGUGAUGUUUGAUUUUCUGGGGUCUAUUCUCAUGGAUAUGGCAAAGGAAGGAGUUAUAUCUGAAGCUGAGGUGGACUCAUUCAACUUGCCAGUGUACACUACCUCUCCCAAGGAGAUAGGAGAGCUGGUAGAGAGAAAUGGAUGCUUUAGCAUAGAGCGAAUGGAGUCAACGAGCCCCUGGCUUGCUUCCAAGCAUUCGAACUCCAACUACGGGAAGACACUGUCGAUGUCGCUAAGAGCUGGCAUGGAGGGAGUUUUCAAAAGCCAUUUUGGAAGUGAGAUUACCAAUCAACUGUUUAAUAGGCUCUGUGACCAAAGUGGACAACUUACCCACCAACUGGAGGAGUCCUACUCCUGCUGCAGAGAAGGAACUCAGUUGUUUGUUGCUCUCAAGCGCAAAUGAAUCAAUUAAAUAUUGUAAUAUAGAACUCCUGCAUAAUGAAACACUGCUGUUUGUAGUUGAAUAAAA